GGGAUACCUGAGCUAGCCGGUGUUAGCCGGUGUUAGCUUGUCCCAGAGCUGCAGGAUCCUGCAGGAAACAAACAAACCUCCAACAAAAGUCACGUUUACCGCGAAUAAAAGCUCCAGCGGCCCCGGAGCUGCGGCAGAGACCCGUGUGAGACCCGUGUGAGACCCGUGUGAGACCCGUGUGAGACCCGUGAGAGACCCGUGAGAGACCCGUGUGAGACCCGUGUGAGACCCGUGUGAGACCCGUGUGAGACCCGUGUGAGACCCGUGAGACACUCGUCGUCCUGCUCCUGUUGUGUCGAUCAGUGGAUUAUAAAACCGUCCCGCAGCACCAUGGUGAAUCAGUGUUCCUUUAACAACUGUGAAAAUAAAGCUCGCAAAUGGACUCCACAAAGUUUCCACCACUUUCCACUAAAAGACAAGAAAAGACUGAAACUGUGGCUCCGCGCGGCCGGACUGGACCCGGACACGCCGCGCGAGUCUCUGCGCAACCGCAUGAUCUGCAGCGACCACUUCAGCCCGGCCGACUUCACCAACUCCAGGAUCAAACCGUUUCUCAAACCCACCGCAGUGCCGGCCGUCUUUUCACGUGCACCAAUCACCUCCGACGAAGAAGAGGAAGAAGAAGAGAUGGGGCAGGACGAGCCUCCAGGGGGCGCUGUGGCUUGGAUGUUUGAUUCUGACACUGUAAUAAAAACUGAAGACGAAGUCCCAGAUCCAGACCAGACUCAGACCAGACUCAAGACCAGACUCAAGAACUCUACCAGAGCUACACCUCACACGCCGAAGACGACCUGAGCUCCGACCUGAGCUCCGACCUGAGUCCUGAC